AUGGUCCAGCAGAGCGGCACGGCCGAGAACACCGAGGCGCUGUUGGCCGGAGAGAGCUCGGAGUCCGGCGCCGGCCUGGAGCUGGACAUGGCCUCGUCCCCGACCCCGGGCUCCACCGCUUCCACGGGGGGCAAAGCCGACGACCCGAGCUGGUGCAAGACCCCGAGCGGGCACAUCAAGCGGCCGAUGAACGCCUUCAUGGUGUGGUCUCAGAUCGAGCGGCGGAAGAUCAUGGAGCAGAGCCCGGACAUGCACAACGCCGAGAUCUCUAAGCGGCUGGGGAAGCGCUGGAAGCAGCUGAAGGACAGCGAUAAGAUCCCCUUCAUCAGGGAGGCUGAGCGGCUGCGCCUCAAGCACAUGGCCGACUACCCGGACUACAAGUACCGGCCCCGGAAAAAGGUCAAGGCCGGCGGAGGAAGCAGCGGCGGCUCCUCCAAACCCGGCGGGGGGGACAAGAGCUGCGGGAGCCCCGGCGCUCCGGCCAAGCCGGCGGUGAAGAAGAGCGGCGGGGGGACCAAGAAGUCCCGGACUCCCGCCGCCAAUAAGAAGGCCAAACCCCGCCUGUACAUCUUCGGGGCCCCGGGCUCCUCACCCAUGGCCGUCCCCGCCAGCCCCACACUCAGCAGCAGCAGCUCCGGCGAGGCCAGCGACCCGCUCAGCCUGUACGAGGACGGGGCCGGCUCCCUCAACACGUCCCCGGGCUCCCCUCACUCCUCCUCAGCCUCCUCCUCCCCCGCCUCCUCUUCCUCCUCCUCUUCUUCUUCCCCGGCCUCCUCCUCGGACGAGGAGCUGGAAGACGAGUUCCUGGAGCUCAACCCCAGCCCCGGCUUCGACAGCAUGGCCCUGGGCGGCUUCAGCACCUCAGCCCUGGACAGGGACCUGGACUUUCACCUGGAGGCCGGCUCCGGCUCUCACUUCGACUUCCCGGACUACUGCACCCCGGAGGUGAGCGAAAUGAUCUCCGGGGACUGGCUGGAGUCCAGCAUCUCCAACCUGGUCUUCACCUACUGA